ACAAGCCACAGUCAUCUGUCGGAGCCAAGGAGGGUCUCGCCCUCUAGUCUGUCUUGCAACGCCACGAUUUUUUCCGCGACUUAGCGAGAUGAGGCUACGGAUUUCGACUCUUGCGCUGACAGCGGCGACUUUGGCGAUCUUCGCCGUCGGCCGAGCGAACGCCAAGCCGACGGAGAUGCAGGGCGCGAUGCCCCCUGAGAUGCGGGAAAUGCUUGUUCAGCAAAUAUGUGCUUCGAAGAACACCCCCGACUGCUCAAACAAAACAAAAGAAUGUUUGGCCCUGAUGGACUCGAUGCCUAAAGGUGGAGCUCCUCCUACAUGCCCCGGGCUCAGCACAGGCGAAUGUCUAAACAAGAUGAUGGAAUGCUCCAAUAUAAUCAGUGGUGGGAAAGGUGGUCCACCACCAGGGUCCACACACCCCCCGGGACCACACGAAAUGGGCCACCCUCCUGACCACGGCUCACAUGUGGGAAGCCAACCAGGUCACGGGUCACAUGGAAACAGCGGACAUAUGAUGGGAGGAGCGAAGGAGACAAUGCAACAGCAAGCCGCGCACAUGUGUUCAUACAGCAAAGAACCAAUGUGCAGAGACGAAGUGAUGGCCUGUCUGAUGUUUGCAGAAAAGGUGACCGGAGGAGCAGCAAUGACGUCUAAGCCUCACCCCAGCAUGUGCGUGGAGAUGAAGAUCCCUGAUUGCGAAACCAAGAUGAAGGAGUGUGACGCCAAAAUACAGGCACUGGUUAACAUGAUGGGUUCCUCAGAGUCCGGAGAUGAAGAAGAGACCUCGGAAGAGAUGCCAAUCACACCUGAGCAGACAGCCAUGAUUAUGUGCUCAGUCAGCCAGGAAGCAGAAUGUCUGGAGAAAGCGAAGAAUUGCCUCAUCUUGUCCAACAACAUGGUCCACUCCAUGAACGUGUCUGCAAAUCCUGACCCCAAAAUCUGUGGCGGCGCCGACAUGGCCGAGUGCAUGACCAAAAUGAAGAAUUGCAACGAAUUCAUGGGAGGCCUCACCAAGCAAAUGGAUGCCCUGCACGUCGACGACAUGUCAGGAGAAGAAGAGGAGGAGAUGGACGAGAAGGGUCAGGUCACGCCUCCAGCGAAGCCCAAGGAAGGAAAACCCAGAGGAGAGAGAGACGCACCGGGCGACCAAUGGACGCCCCCCGGUCAAAGAAGGGGAAACAAAAUUGCCAAUGGGUCAGCGGGAGGGCCGCCAGGUAGGCAAGGUAGGCAAGGAGGAGGAGGAGGAGGAGGAGGAGUAGGAGGAGGAAGAGGAGUAGGAGGGGGGAAAAGAAAAGGAGGAGGGAAACCAUCAAGAGACGGAAGCCAUGACGACGUUCCCGGCCACGUCGAGUCUCAGGAGGCAGACGACGAAUAUCCGGACACCUCCUCAGAUUUGGACACCACCGGGAGGAGGAAGAAACGCAACACCCACGAGCCAGAAGGGGAAGAAGAAGAAGACGACGACGAUGGCGAUGAGGACUACGAACACGAAACUCCCAGACGACCACCUACGGCCAACUUGGACUCCUUCGUUCGGCAAGUGGACCACAUGUUGAGGCAGAUCGACGAGAUGUUGGCCCAUUUCUCGGCCAUGAUGGGAGUCAUGGAGACAGUGAUGGACGGGAAGACCCAAGUCAUGGACAUGAGGCCUGGGGUACUGACUUGGAAAGAGAAGGCAAUGUACCUCGCUAAGUACACCUGCAAACACCAGAACAUCACGGACUGCGCCUUCUUGACUGAAGAAUGCGCAGUAUGGCUGGCUCCCUCGCCCAAUCUACCAGUUAUGAAGGGCAUGGAGGGCAACUGUUCCAGUCUUGUACCACCUCCCUCUUCAGUGGCGGACAACUGCGUGGAUUUCAGUACAGACGCAUGCAAGAACGAGGCAGUCGCCUGCAUGAACCUGCUCGUAGCUACUGGUGGAACUUCCGGAUAUGCUGGUCCUCUGACAGCUCACUCUGUACAGUGCGAAGACAUGCUGAUGAGAAUGAUAUCUUCGGUGACAUGCAGCGGCAAGAGCAACGUGACUGAAUGCGAAAUGAGUAUUGAUGUGUGUAUGGACACCAUCAGGGUCAAGACAGAUGAAUUCCACGAUCAUCACUACCCUGAUAAACUGAUGUGCGAACCAGUGAUGCGGCCAGCAGUUGCUCUGUACAUGUGUUCGAACCGAGACGAGCCCGACUGCUUCUCGAGGAUGCACAAGUGCCUGGUCCACAUGGCGCCAGACUAAGAGGACGUGAAGGGAUUGGAUGCAA